AAUUCCUUGGCAUCUAAGUUAACACUAGACCACUCUUUCUCUCUCUCCUUUUUCACAGUCUCCCCAAAUUUAGAAAACCAAGCCCACCUCUCGAAUAUUCCCAAUCUCCUUGAUUUUCAACCUCAGAGCUCUUACGCGAUCGAUACCCAAUUUGGCGGUUCAAUCAAUUCGGCAGCUUGAUCGUAAAGGCUUUGGAGGGAGAUGAGGAUCGAGCAAUUGGACGAGCCGGAGUUGGAUCGGAGCGAAUUGAAGCAGAUUGUAAGGGUUCACGAAGCGAAGAGAGCUCUGGUCGGAGCCGGUGCUCGGAUCCUGUUUUACCCGACCCUUCUGUAUAAUGUGCUUCGGAAUAAGAUGGAAGCUGAGUUCAGAUGGUGGGAUGAAGUUGACCAGUUUGUGCUCCUCGGCGCAGUUCCUUUCCCGAAAGAUGUGCCUCACCUGAAGCGGCUUGGUGUUGGCGGUGUUAUCACGCUCAAUGAAUCUUAUGAGACGCUGGUUCCUUCGUCUCUGUAUCAUGCCCAUGGAAUUGAGCAUUUGGUAAUCCCCACACGUGAUUAUCUCUUUGCGCCCUCGUUUGAAGAUAUCAGUAGGGCUGUGGAGUUCAUUCACAAGAACGGAUCAAGUGGUAGAACUACUUAUGUUCACUGCAAAGCAGGUCGGGGAAGGAGCACUACCAUUGUGCUUUGUUAUUUGGUGGAAUACAAGAAUAUGACCCCAUCUGCUGCCCUGGAGUAUGUGCGAUCUAGAAGGCCCCGUGUGCUGUUAGCCCCCUCACAGUGGAAGGCUGUUCAAGAGUACAGCAGAUGUUGUAGAGCUACCACUGCGUGCUCUCCCUCAGGAGAUGCGGUUUUUAUUACGAAAGAUGAUCUUGAAGGGUAUCAUGGCAGUUAUGACAAUACUGAUGUUAAGCAGUUGACAAUGGUACCUAAGAUGGUGAAAUCCAGCCCCAUGAUAGCGCGGUUGUCCUGCCUUUUCGCAUCCUUGAAAGUUUCCGGUGGACCAGUCACAAGGCGGCUGCCAGUUCCAGAGUCACGCGCUUGCUGAGUCCCUCAUUUCUAAGUGGCACGAGUUGUUUGUUUGUACAAAAGAGGAAACAAUUUUGGAAGUUUUACAAAGUUCCAAGGUUUUUAGUAUCUUCAUGUUCAUGAGAGAAGGGUAAAUGAAGAUACUAAGGAAAAGAAAAGAACAAAAAAAUCAAAGCGGCGGCGUUUGUCAAGGUCGUGUAUACCAAACACUGUCAAUGGCUGAGGAAUGUAAUUGCAGUUCUGUACAUAAUUGUAUCUCAAUUUUCUCCUUUCCUGCUGUCAUUUUGCUUGUCAAUGUCCUAGUUUUGUACCAACCACACUAUGUAAUUUGCGGGAAUUUCAGUCAUCAUUUUGCUUGACCUUGGAAGUUGGAAGUUUCAUU